GGGACACAGGGUUGCAUGGUUUUCUUGCGAUACAAGUCCGUUUCUUCAGAUCUCAAUGUAAGACCGAGCCAAGCCAAGGUCGUUUCUUUUUCAUUCUUCCCUCUCUCUUUCUUAUAAAUGCCUUCCCUUGCUUACCUCAAAGCGCCAACUUUCUCAAAAGGACCACAUUUCUUCUCUCUAUCUCUCUCUUUCUCUUGCACGAAGAAAGAAAGAGAGAGAUAACAAAAACCACAAACAAAAAAACAGCAAAACAAAAAAAACCAAAAAGAAAAAGAAGAAGAAGACGACGAACAUUGUCUGUUUUUUUUGGAAAGGCAAAAUGUUUGAUGGGCUGUUCAAACCCAAGUUCUAUACGAAAUGCAAGUCGUUGGUCAAGAUAACGAAGACAAGAGUAGACACGGUGAAGAGGAAGAAAAACUCGGUUUGCAAAUAUCUCAAGAACGACAUUGUCGAUCUUCUCAAGAACAGCCUCGAUUACAAUGCAUAUGGCAGGGCAGAAGGGCUUAUAGAGGAGAAAAGGAGGCUGGCUUGUUAUGAGUUUUUGGAGCAAUUCUGCAUCUGUGUUGCAUCCAAUGUCUCUCUCUUACAGAAAUCCAGCGGGUGCCCCGAUGAGUGUCGCGAGGCCAUCUCCUCCCUUGUAUAUGCAGCGGCUAGAGUCUCUGAAGUGCCUGAGCUACGCGACCUCAGAUCUUUAUUUGCUGAGAGAUACGGGAACAAACUUGAACAGUUUGUGAAUCCUGAGUUUGUAGAGAGAUUCAAAGCAGAGCCGCCGUCAAAGGAAAUGAAGGUGGAGCUGCUGCAGGAAAUCGCAAGAGAGUACUCCAUAAAUUGGGAUGCCAAGUCUUUAGAGCAGAGAUUGUACACACCAGCUCAUCAUCAUACGGAAACUGAAGAGCCAAAAACAGAGAAGUCCAAGGACCCCGAAACGAGAAGCAGCCUUUGGUUCCAUGGCAGAGAAGACUCAAUGGAUGACAGCAACAAGUCCAUAAUGAGUACAAGCGAAGAAGACUCCAUGAGUACAAGCGGGAGUUGUGUGACUGGCCCGGAGGAGGAUCCUGAAACGAAACCCUUGUACUACAGAUUCAUGACUCCUGCUGCGCCAUACACCAAACCCAAAAUCGAAAAACAGGAAAGCCUUCCGGAGAAGAUGACCAAAUCUGAUCUCAUGGACACCGAAUCGCCGAGGGCCGGAAAAGCAAAGCCGAGAUCAGUGAGACGAAGAUUCGCAAACCCGCCCCCUGAAGCGGAAGGGGAAGCAUUGAAACAGGAGAGUAAGAAGAAGAACAUAAUGAGAACAUCAGAUUCGAUGGGGAAAGCAAGCGGAGGAGAGGGGUUUAGGAGAAUGAGUCGUCGAACAGCCUCGUGGCAGCAUAAGCCCUCCAGCUGCGUCCCCGAUUUUGAUGAGGUCGCCGCUCGCGUCGAUGCCCUCUCACGAAAUUGAUUUUCUUCUGUGUCUGUGAAACACCCCAAAAAGAAAGAAAAAAAACACAAAAUGCUGUAGUAGUUGUUGUUGUCGUCGUCGUCUUCUUAUUUGUAAUUAAACCGCCGCCAAACUCACUCUUUUAAAUCCGGAAAAUCCCUAAUUAACGGACGCGA